AUGGUUGCUGAUACCGCCUACUACGAUGCCCUCGGUGUGCCGCCUACCGCCACCGAGCUGGAGAUCAAGAAGGCAUACCGAAAGCUGGCUAUCGUCACUCACCCGGACAAGAAUCCCGGCGACGAAACUGCACACGAACGCUUCCAAGCGAUCGGCGAAGCCUACCAAGUUCUGAGCAACGAAGAUCUCCGAAAGCGCUAUGACAAGUUUGGCAAGGAGGAGUCUGUACCUGGUGGCGGUUUUGAGGAUCCGUCCGAAUUCUUUAGCAUGAUCUUUGGUGGCGAGGCAUUCGUCGAUCUUAUUGGCGAAAUUUCACUUAUGAAGGACCUGACCGCGACUAUGGACAUCACCAUGCAGGAAAUGGAAGAGGAGGAACUGGCCCAAUCCGCGGAAGAAAAACUCAACAUCCAUGACGAGGAAGUGAAAGCUGCCGGUGGUGAUGCAGCUACUCCUUCCGAUGGCCAAGACCCCACGACCGGCGCUGCACCUGCCACAGCUGCUGCCCCCUCCGAGAAGCCCGCCUCUGGUCGGAGCUCUGGCACCAGUACUCCUCGGCGCAACUUCGGCCAGCAAGCCCUAAUGGACAAGUCCGAGGAAGAAGCUCGCAUGGAGGCAGCCGGUCUGUCUCAGGAGGAGAAGGAACUGCGCAAGAAGGAAAAGAAGAAGGGUCUGUCCAGGGAGCAACAGGAACGACUUACUGCCUUUGAGGAUGAACGCAGAAAGGCCCGCGAAGAACGGGUCAAUACUCUGGCAAACAAGCUGAUCGAUCGUUUGAGCGUUUGGACUGAGACCGACAAGGGCAAGGAUGUCUCCCAUGCUUUUGAGGAGAAGAUUCGACUGGAGGUCGAGAACCUGAAAAUGGAGUCCUUCGGUUUGGAAAUUCUUCACGCUGUCGGUCAAACCUACGUUCAAAAGGGUACUUCAUUCCUCAAGUCACAGAAGUUCCUUGGUAUCUCUGGCUUCUUCUCUCGCUUGAAGGACAAGGGCACCCUCGCUAAGGAAACAUGGACCACCAUUUCCACAGCCAUUGAUGCUCAGAUGACCAUGGAGGAGAUGGCCAAAAUGGAGGAGCGCGGUGGUGAAGACUGGACUGAUGAGAAGAAGGCUGAGUACGAGAAGCGGGUUACGGGCAAAAUUCUUGCUGCGGCCUGGCGUGGCAGCAAAUUCGAGAUUCAAAGUGUGCUGCGCGAUGUCUGUGAUCAAAUUCUAAGCGACAAGCGUACCCGACUCGAGAAGCGCGUUGAGCGUGCGCACGCCCUGGUCAUUGCCGGCAACAUUUAUGCGAAGGCGGCACGCGACCCUGAAGAAGAAGGCGAUUAUAUGGCCUUUGAGCAGCUCAUGGCUGAGGCCAUGAGCAAGAAGGGCAAGGAUGAGAAGGACAAGAAGAAGAAAAAGUCCAAGCACGACCACGAGGAUACUCACAGCAGAAAGCAGCCCGUGGAAGAAACCACUGUUUAG